GUUGUCAAACCGUGGAAUCAAAACGGGCACAGUGGCCGGAGUUAUUAUUCAUGUGGAAAAUGCGGAAAGUUCAGCAGCUGGGCUGAUUCGAUAGGCAUCUCUGAUAAGAAUCCAUGGUGCCUUUGCAAUCAGCCAAGCAGGUGGGGAGAAAGUGGCAGGGAAAAGCAGCGCAGAGGAUUCUUCAAUUGUGCUAUGGGCGACUGUAACUUUUUU